AAAAGGAACACGGAUGUCGCGUCAGUCAAGUGAGGUCACGUGACGUCCACGCAUGGCGUCGGCUUCGGUUCGCGACAGUUUUUGUCAAAAGGGAUACUUUGAGCGUGUUUUUCUUCGUUUGUGUGUGUUUGAACCUGAGUUAGUGCACAAGUGAGGAAUAAUGAAUUGACAAGAUGCAGGGAGCGGGGCGGAAAAAAUUGGUCGAGAUCAACCCCCAUCUGACGUGCGUCCUAUGCAACGGCUACUUCAUUGAUGCUACCACCAUCAUUGAAUGUUUACACUCAUUCUGCAAGACUUGCAUCGUAAAGUACCUCGAAAAGAACAAACUGUGUCCCGUGUGUGAUGCUCAGGUGCACAAGACACGUCCACUUCUGAACAUCCGGUCCGACCAGACGCUCCAGGAUAUUGUGUACAAACUGGUCCCGGGCCUCUUCAGAAAUGAGAUGGCAAGGCGUCGACAGUUCUACGACAGCUUGUCCCCAUCCGAAAGCUCAGCUAAGCCGACAUCUAGCGAGGGAAGAGGGGAUGUUCGCAAUGUCGAACGGCUCAUCUUCAACCGUGAUGACAUGAUCAGUGUGUCCCUGGAAUACAGUGCACGGGAUAUUCUGCCCAUCCGACCACUGCUGCUGGGGCCUCCACCACCCGAAACCCAGGAAUGUCCCCCAGGUAGCCGCCGGUACCUCCUCUGUCCCGGUGGAUUUACUGUGGGUCACCUCAAGAAAUUCCUAAGGGCAAAGUUCGGCUUGUCCAAGAACCAUGAGGUGGAUGUGAUGUAUAUGCAUGACCACCUCCUGGACGAAUACUCACUGAUGGACCUUGCCUACAUUUACUCUUGGCGCAGGAAUGCCCCCAUGCGGUUGCUCUACCGGUUCCCUGUGCUGCCGCCUUCUCUCGUGAGCUCGAACUCAAAGGCAGACGAUGUGGUCCCAGUGCCACCGGAUGAAGGAAUAAGCAUCUUCAUCCAAUCCACUGCAUCCCAACAGACCACUGAUGUCCCACCAACUGGCACUGCCACGUCAAAUAAGAGGGGCCACAGUCCUUCCAGUGAUGCCAGUGCGAAUGCCAAUGCAAUGUGUGCCAGCAUAAAUUCUGGCCAUGUGGAUACUGCGACUCCUAACUGCAGUGACAAGGGCAGUGUUAGUGCUAACCUCUCCAGUACAAUUAAUCGUGUCAAUUCUGGUCCUUCCCAGAAUGAAACUUCGCUCAGCAAUAAGGACAGUAGUGCUGUGUACAGCGCAGCAAAUUCUAAAAAGCCAGCUGAGCCGGCCAGCAUAACACCCGAAAGUUCUCCCGUAAAGCAACCCGUCGAGACUCCUCCGAACAAGCUUCCACAAAAUGCCCAGUCUAAACAAGGUUCCGACAACCAGCUCAGCAGUGUCAGUAGUGUGCCGCCAGCUGGAAGUCCACAGCCACCACCACAAAAACAGCAGCCACUACAAAGUCUACAUCCACAACGAAGCCAGCAGCCUCCGCGAAGCCAGCAACCUCCGCGAAGCCAGCAGCCACCGCGAAUCCAACAACCACCACAAAUCCAACAGUCAUCACCGAGCCAGCAGCCACCGCAACAAUCGCCACAAAAGCAGCAACCACCACAGUGUCAACAACCGCCACAGACUCAACAACAAUCACAAAGCCAACAACGAAGGAGCCCACAAAUCGUCAAACUUUCCACAAACAUGGAGUGCACUCCGUGUUUGCCUACAGCACCUCGUGUUACUGGCGUCAAGCCCGGUGUCGAACAAAAAUUGCCGUCCAGUGCCAACCAGCCAGCAACUUGGCUUGGCCGUCCACCAGUUUCGAGCCCACCAGCUAGUCGUGCGGUGACCAGCGGACAGAGACCUGGCAGCAAAGCUACCGCGUUUUCCAAGACAGUACCCCUGUCCCAUCGCAAGAAUGGGCUGUCGACAGCGAAUGGCGUGCACAGCAAUUUGCGGCUCAUCCUGCCUGCACCGGCCAAGCCUAAUGGUGUCACGGACAGUAGAGAGGUGUUGCCAAAGGUCACUAAGGCAAGCAGCCGACCGAGUGACAGCCCAAGUAGCCCAGCUAAGCGGCCGCACUUGGACUCUCGUCCUGGCAAGGAGGCUGCGGUGUCAUGACCUCGGACACCUGUGCGCACGUGUACAUAGUGCACAACUACUUCAAAGCAGGACGUCUCCAGUUGAGAUGCGUUGCUAGUUGAAUGCAGGCAGAUGAAGAUUCAUUAACGACAGCAGUGUACUGUUUGCUUGUUUUGGCAAUUUAUGCGGGUAUGCUUUUGCUAGUUGCAGACAGUUCAUAACCACAUGAAAACCUCUGUUUACAGUAUUCCUUCUUUACUGCAAACGUAUUAUAAAAAUGGUUAGUGAAGGUCUGAAAGUCCUUAACUGUAAUAAUCUAUGCUACCAAAAGUGGUUUGCGAAUUUCAUUUUUUAAAAUGUUUUUAUGUGUACUAGAUUUUAUGUUGCAUUUGGUUAAGUUGUUCAAGUAGCCCUUCUUAUUUCUUCCAUUGAAGUUUGCAAACAAGUCUGUUUCUGCGCUCGGCAUCUGUGCAUGCUUUCUGUUCUCAACAUCUUGGGGAGCUGCAUGUGCUGUAUCAUCACGGUCCUCAGAUAGACGCACACUAUUUUGCUAUGGGAUGGGUCACCUAGAGCACCCGUGCACCAAAUGCUGCUCGAAAGGUUCAGUGAAAUUGAGAAAUCUUGUAUAAUGAGCAUUCUUCUGGAGGCUGGUCCUGCUUUGAAGUGUUGUUGCUAUUAAGUUAUUUACCAGGGGCCACUGCAACGAGGAAGUUGAAGCAGUGCCUUGGACGCUUCACGUACUGUGUGAUACAACUCUGAGCUGUCUCAUCUUGCAAGCAAUGCAAAGAGCAUGCCUAAACUGACCACACCGAGCUUGUCACAAUUGCGAGGCCCGCAAAGCCUUGCCUUACAUAAUGUCUAACAUGGCUGUGUUAUAGCAACUAUCAGAUGUGUUGUAGUAUAUUUUUGCACUAUAUUAAAUCACAUGUAUAGAGGAUAUGUACAGAAAUUAAGCCUCCAAAGGUGCCUGCGCCAUCAUCAUUUUUGAUUAGCAUUAUACUGAAGCACGUGUAUAAAGGAUUUGUACAGAAAUAAACCUCCAGUGGUGCAUGCACCAGCAUUUUUGACCAGCAAUGCCUGUUUCCAGAACCAUGCACUGUUGUUUCAUUGAAAUACUGCUUUCCAAAUGAAUGUAUUUAAUAAAGAACAUUGAAUGCUCAA